UGUUAAUUGUUUGAUAAUUCCUUAUCCCCUACCUUUUCUUCUUUUUGAAAUUCAAGAUUUCAUUUCUUCUUUUGCUAUAUUAUCUAACAGAAACAAUCUCUCUACAGUUAUAAUUAUUGAUCUGAUCUCUGUUAUUCUUAUUCAAAAUAAGAAAUCAUGUCGAUGAUCGAUUCCUUCUUCAACAAAGGCUUUAAAGCCGCUAAAUGUAAAACCCUGUUGAAGUUGACGAUACCUCGGAUAAAGUUGUUGAGGAACAGGAGAGAGAUUCAGAUGAAGCAUAUGCGUCGAGACAUUGCUAAGCUUCUUGAAACUGGUCAAGAAGCUACCGCUCGCAUCCGGGUAGAACACAUAAUAAGAGAGGAGAAUAUGAUGGCUGCUCAAGAGAUCAUUGAAUUAUUCUGUGAGCUUAUUUCUGUGCGCCUCCCGAUUAUUGAAACACAAAGGGAAUGUCCUCUAGACUUGAAAGAAGCAAUAUCCAGUGUUUGUUUUGCGGCUCCAAGAUGUGCGGAUCUACCUGAGCUACAGCAGGUUCAAAUCCUAUUUGCUUCCAAAUAUGGAAAGGAAUUUGUAGCUGCUGCAACUGAGCUUAUGCCAUCUUGUGGUGUCAAUCGUCAGUUAAUAGAACUCUUAUCAGUUCGGGCACCUUCACCUGAAAAAAAACUGAAGCUUCUGAAGGAAAUUGCUGAAGAGCAUGAGUUGGACUGGGACCCAGCUGCAUCUGAAACUGAGCUCUUAAAAAAGCACGAAGACUUGUUGAAUGGUCCAACACAUAUCACUGAUCCAACACCCGUUGCUGGUCCAACACAUAUCAGUAUGUUGCCUCUUCCAAAAGAGAAGCAUGAUGAAGUGCUGAAUUCUCCAGAUCAUGCUGAGCAUGAGCAGCCUAAUUCCGAUACAGAUUUCGACCCAUUAGAUUUUCCUGAAGUUCCUAAGGUCUCACCUUGGCUAAGUGCAAAUUCUGCCUUGGCACCAGAAAUAGCUCCACCUGCACAAGCUGCUCUACACCCUGACAUUGAUCAUGAGUCAUCAAAUCACUCCGUGACUCACAAAGAUCUAUCACAAGAACCUCAUUUUGAACAGGGUGAUGUGAUUGAAAAUAAGUCAGUGGCUACCAGGGAUGAAAUUUCAAGCACUGCAGUCAGUGACAGGGAAGAAAAACAGUUUCUUCCUUUCAUUUGUCCCCCUUCACUAUCUUCUGAAUCGUUUUCAGCAAUACCAAGCACUUCGCCACCCUCUGCAUCGAGGACCGAAAGUGAGGCCAAUUUGGAUUUGCAGAGUGUUUCAGCUGCUGUGCAGGGCACUGUGGAGACUGCUAAACAUGCAGCAAUACCGAGCACUUCACCACCCUCUGUAAUGAGGACCAGAACCGAGGCUAAUGUGGAUCUUCAGGAUGUUUUAGCUGCAGCACAUGCUGCUGCCGAGUCUGCUGAGCGUGCGGCAGCAGCGGCUCGCUCAGCAGCAACUCUUGCACAGGCAAGGAUCAGUGAGCUAACCAAGAAAAACAGUGAGAAGUUCCCUGAGGAUGAUAACCCGUUUUUUGUGGAUACUUCUGAUCAUUCAGCCUCUACUGAAAGGCCACACUUUGUUCACCAACAAUCUUUUGGUGACCCAGGUAGUGUUCCGAACAAUGUAGACUCCCAUCGACCUCAUAAAGACCACCAGGCAUCAGAGUUGUUGGAUAUUCCUUCCUUUGAGAAACUUGAAGUGUAUUAUGAUUCUCCUCGUAGUGAUCAUGUUGUUGAGCAAGGGUCUGUUAGUCACCAGCCACAGAGAUUGCCUUCAAUGGAUGAUGAGCCAUACUUCUCAUACCCAAAUUUGUUCACAUCACAAAACUCAAAUCUCGGAUCUGGUGCACAAUCUGCUACAGAUCAUUCCCGUUCCACAUAUGACCUUUAAGUUGAGUCCUGUGCAUUGGUUAUGUGGUGAGUUGAUUGACUGCUACGUAGUUUAUCGAUGCAAAUAUGGUAUGAGCCGUUUUUAUUGUUAUUUGUAGAGUGUGAGAUUAUUAGUCGUAGUGGUGUCAAUUCCCUAGAGUCGUUUCUGCAAUCAUGUUCAGUGAGGUUUAUAAUAAGGAAAUUUCAAUUACUUGAUGUAUUUGAGAAGCCAUCUCAGACAAGUUAUAUAUUUUGUGUUCGUCAAGUUUAGGAUUUAUGUACAGAAACCGUAUGAUGUUGCAGGUAAUGAAUUCAUAUUUCCUUGAAUUUUGACACAAUUUUGAGAAUGUCAUCCAGUAAAGAGUGCAAAGAUGUAACAAAA